AUGGGCUUCACCAUGCGGACGGCCCUGACGGCCCUGACGGCCUCGACUCUUUUUUUAGUGGCAGCAGCGGAGCCCGUUGCUGAGCCCAUCAGCGUGCUCGCUGAACGGGCGACGAUGCAAUAUGUCGCCUGCUAUGAUAACAGUGAGGGUCUCACCAACCAGACCUCAUACAAUUAUCAAAGCCAAGGAUGGUGCCAAACCUACUGCGUUAAUAUGAACGCAGCAGUCUUCGCCAUGACCAAAGGAUCCGACUGCUUGUGUGGAGAUGAACUGCCUCCCGCAUCAGGAAAAGUUUCGGACAGCAAGUGCAGCACCAAGUGUGAUGGCUGGCCUUCUGUUAUGUGUGGCGGCACCAACCUCUGGUCUGUUUGGCUGACGGGCCUUGACACUAAAGUCUCCAGUGAAGGCGCAUCAACUACCAGCUCCGGUAGCUCGCCCCAACAAACCGACCAGUCUGCGGCCUCGUCUGCACAACGGGAAGAAGUGACUGUGACCCAGUCAGCCGUCGCACAAACAGACAGUUCAUCCAGCAGCUCGAGCAGCCACAACACAGCUGCCAUCGCGGCCGGGGUAGUGGUAGGUGUGGUUGGACUUGCCGCGCUUAUCGGCGCGGCAUUCUUCUUCUACCGCCACAAGAAAAGCAAGCAGGAAGAAGAAUUCGGCUACGGCGCAGGCGACUAUGAUUCCCGCGCACCGCCCAUGACUGAUUCUCGCUUUGACGGAACCUCCAUGGCGCAGCGCCGCCAAAGCAAUGGCAGCAUCGAUGAGAACCAUGACUUCUCCCGCCGGAUCUUGCAAGUUUCCAACCCGGACCACUACUAA